GUAUCGUGUAUCGGACGAUACAACGCAAAAACGAUACAUAACUACGAUCCGUAUCGUUUUAGGCCUGUAUCGUAACGUAUCGUACGAUACUAACAACUAUGGACUAUAGUACAUGCUCAUUUAGAGCCUGGAGCAGGGGUAUGGUGAUUUCAUAUCAUAUUGUGAAUUAUUGAAGGAAAUCCACUUUAGUAAUUUCUGGAAGUUAUAAGGGUUGGCUGCGAUAUGACACAGCUAAAUCAAAUCUAUAUCUGAAUUAUUGUUAUAAAAUAUGCUGCUAACUGCCCUCCUCCCUUGCGUCCGUCCUUGGUUUAUCCGAUUGGAUUGAGUUUAAGCUAAAUGUGUCUGGGGAAUACAUGCACUCUUUUAUAUUUUUAGAGUCUUCUUAUGUUCUCUAUAAACAAAAAAAAAAAAAUGUAAGAAAGAGAGUGACAGAGUAUCCUGUAUAGACCCACGUCUUCUUUUUCAUUUAGUUUUUUUUCCUUCAUAUUUUGAACACAGGAUUGUAGCAUGAUUUAUUUGAGUUGUUUGCAGUUUGCUGACAUUGAAAAACUUCAGUUGGAAUGGAGGGAAGCAAAAAGAAACAACAAGAGGAAGGUUGUGUCAUUCCUCAAAGAAAAAACUGGAUAUCUUGUCAACCCUGAUGCAAUGUUUGAUGUGCAGGUAAAGCGAAUCCAUGAAUACAAGAGGCAACUGUUGAAUAUCAUGGGAAUUGUGUAUUGCUAUAAAAUGAUGAAAGAAAUGAGUCCUGAGGAGAGAAAAGCAAAAUUUGUCCCUCGGGUUUGUAUAUUUGGAGGAAAAGCAUUUGCCACAUAUGUCCAGGCCAAGAGGAUUGUGAAAUUCAUCACGGAUGUUGGGGCUACUGUGAACAAUGAUCCGGAUAUAGGUGAUCUUUUGAAGGUUGUCUUUGUCCCUGACUACAAUGUCAGUGUUGCGGAAAUUCUUAUUCCUGGCACUGAGCUGUCCCAACAUAUCAGCACUGCUGGAAUGGAGGCUAGUGGAACCAGCAACAUGAAGUUUGCAAUGAAUGGCUGCAUCCUAAUUGGAACCCUGGACGGUGCCAAUGUUGAAAUAAGGCAAGAGGUUGGAGAAAACAACUUUUUUCUUUUUGGUGCUCAGGCUAAUGAAAUUGCUGGCCUGCGGAAAGAAAGAGCUGAGGGGAAGUUUGUGCCAGACCCGCGAUUUGAAGAAGUUAAGGCAUUUGUCAGAAGUGGUGUUUUUGGCCCCUACAACUAUGAAGAGCUAAUGGGAUCCUUGGAAGGGAAUGAAGGAUAUGGUCGUGCUGAUUAUUUCCUUGUCGGGAAGGACUUUCCAAGUUAUUUAGAUUGCCAAGAAAAGUUUGAUGAGGCCUAUCGAGACUAGAAAAGAUGUACAAAAAUGUCAAUAUUGAACACAGCUGGUUCAUAUAAGUUCAGCAGUGACAGAACGAUUCACCAAUACGCAAGAGACAUAUGGAUGAUCGAGUCUGUUGUAUUACCAUAAAGGCGCACAUACCGAGGGCCCAAAUUUUGCCAGUGAGUGCACAUUGAGGACCUUGUGGAGUGAAGAUGAGCUGAAUUAACAGUCGAUUGCAUGUUUCUUAGCUGGAUUUUUCUCCUGAUAUUAUUUGUAAUACAAAGCCUCCUAGAUGAUCUACUGUGCUGAUAAUCAGUAACUAUCUCAGACAUAUUACUAUGUAACUUGCUCUAUAAACCUUGUAGAAUGACAAGAAGUUCCAUGAAAUUGAUUCGAAUAGUGGGAUAAGAUUUUGUCGAGUUAAGAGUAAUCUCGAAGUUUGGGUAUUGGAACCAUUUGAUGUGUAGUAUGACUGAGAGAUUAAACACACAAAAAAG